UGUCAUCGUAUAUAUCGAAUUGCCCUCCUGUUCCUGCUCCUGCCUUGCUGUCAAGCUGUUCGCUCCUUCCCUGUCGCGUCUCGCUUUUGAGCCUUCACCCUCAUCAACCACUUUCCUAUGGAACCCUGAAUCUCCCUCCAACAGUCGCCAUGUUUUUGUCAGCGCUCAAGUCAUUCACGUCCAACAUUGGAUCCAACUACAGCAUUGCUCCCCAACCUAGCUCGACGUCUGGACCAUGGAAAAUAUUCGAUGCCAAGAAGAAGUCGACAGGCAAGGCCGCCUCGGUCUUCAUCUUCGACAAAAAAUCCCUCGAGCCUUCAGCCAGUUCCCUUGGGGGUGGUCGCGGUAAUUCAUCGUCGGUCAAGCGAGCUCAAGAGGAGGUCAUCGAUCGCUUGAAAAAGGAGGCAAGCUCUCUGGCACGUCUGAGGCAUCCUAGCGUCCUGGAACUAGCCGAGCCUAUUGAAGAGACCCGCAGCGGUGGUCUUAUGUUUGCGACAGAACAGGUCACAGUCUCGCUGGCUGCACUAUUGGCAGAGAAGGACGAGCAAGAAAGAGCUGGGAGAGGCGCUGGUAGAAACAGCCGUUAUGUUGUCCGAGGAAACGAUGGCCAAGAUGAGAUUCGUGAACUCGAAUUGGACGAGUUGGAAAUACAAAAGGGUCUCCUGCAAAUCGCAAAGGGGCUGGAGUUUCUUCAUCAAAGUGCCAAACUGGUACACGCCAACUUGACACCGGAGGCCAUAUUCGUCAAUGCAAAAUCAGACUGGAAGAUUUCGGGACUGGCUUUCUCGACUCCGUUCUCUGACUCUGCAUCUUCUCCGUCUUUAUCACUAUCCGAAGUGCUGAAUCACGAUCCUCGACUUCCGCCAACAGUUCAGCUCAAUCUCGACUAUACUUCUCCUGAUUUUGUCAUCGACAACAACAUCAACCCCUCAGCCGACAUGUUCUCCCUGGGUCUUCUCAUCAUCGCCCUCUACAACUCACCGCAUCGCAGUCCUAUCGAGACACACGAGAGUCUUUCAGCUUAUCGUCGAACCUUUUCAUCAUCCUCUUCCGUGCCUAAUCAGACCAACAACUACCUAUCCUCUGUACCACUGCCCAAGAACCUCUCGUCUGAGCUUUUACCACGCUUAAUUACCCGUCGUCCAGCACAACGUCUCAACGCCAUGGAGUUUCAACAAGCUCAAUACUUUGACAACAUCCUAGUAUCUACUAUCCGCUUCUUAGAUGACUUGCCGGCCAAGACGCCCACUGAGAAAGCUCAAUUCAUGCGAGGGCUUGCCAAAAUUAUGCCACAGUUCCCCAAGUCUGUUCUCGAACGAAAACUGCUACCUGCUCUACUUGAGGAGAUGAAAGACCGCGAAUUGCUGGCUCCCAUUUUACUGAACGUCUUUGCUAUCAUCAAAGCUUCACCGUCGGGUAAACGUGCGUUUACUGACAAGGUCAUCCCAAGAUUGAGAGACAUUUUCCUCACUCAGGGAAAUGCAAAGACCACUGCCGAGCGAGACCCUACUAAGGAGGCCGGUCUGAUGAUUGUGCUUGAGAACAUGAAGGUCGUGGCGGACAACUGUUCUGGCAAAGAGUUUAGAGAUGACAUCCUCCCAAUCAUCGCUCUGGGUCUGAGCUCUCCAACUCAUGCUGUCGUUGACGCUGCUCUCUCGACCUUACCCGCCGUAUUGCCUGCACUAGAUUACAGUACCAUCAAGAAUGAGUUGUUCCCAGUGAUCGCAGGUGUCUUCGCGCACACAAACUCUCUUGGCAUCAAGAUUCGCGGUCUUGAAGCCUUCUACACCUUGUGUGGUGGUACGGCUGAGAAAGACUCCAUCAGUGACGGGCUUGAUGGUGUCAGCAUCUCUCAAGACUCUUCUAAGCUCAGCAGCAGCCAGGUGCUCGACAAGUAUACUAUCCAAGAAAAGGUUGUGCCAAUGAUGAAGGGUAUCAAGACCAAAGAGCCUGGUGUUAUGAUGGCUGCACUCAAGGUAUUCAGACAGAUUGGUCAAGUUGUUGAUUCUGACUUCCUCGCCAUGGAAGCCUUGCCUAUUCUCUGGAGUUUCAGUCUUGGUCCACUUCUGGACCUUGAACAAUUCCAAGAAUUCAUGACUUUGAUCAAAUCACUCUCAUCCCGGAUCGAACGAGAACAUACGCGCAAACUCCAAGAGCUCUCUUCAAGCAAUGGUGGAGGCUCGACAAGAUCAGGGGCCAAACAGCCAACUGCGUUCCAAACUAGCACAAACACCAAUGGAGGUGAUGUCGACUUUGCAAGCUUGGUUAGUGGUAGGAAGGGCAAUGCUACUCCAGACAUCAUGAACGACUGGGGCCCACCAGCUGCCAAACCUGCUUCGUCACAAUUCUCGGCUACCAUCUCUCCGUCACCCGCAGGUUCAAACUUCACAUCAUGGUCGAGUGCUGCGCCAUCACAACCACCACGUCAAAAUAACUCACUUAGUUCUUUGCAAGCUUCCGCCAAUCAGAGGACAGUCACGCCAGAUCAAAGUCAAAACCUCAACAGCUCGUUUGCCGCUCUCACACCUGCAUCGCCCUACAAUGCGCCACUGCAGCCUACGACACGUCAACCUUCCAGUCUAAACUCGAGCUUCACAUCACCGCCUCUCAACCCCACGGUCCCCAGCAACAACUCAUCCUCGAUCAACUGGACCGCAGCCACCAUGCCGCCAAGCUCUUCUACGUGGUCAUCUCAGCAGCGACCAAUGAAUGGCGGCAUUCUCCCUCCACCAACGCAAAGAACGUCCUCAUUCACAAUACCUCCACCUCCUGCCUCCACAUCACAAACACCAGUGAGCUCAAACUCGUAUUCAGCGUUCUCAAUGCCAGUCAUGCAACCACAACAGCAACAGAGACAGGCACUACAACAACAGACACAACAACAACAAGCUGCUCAAACAAGUGGUCUAGACAAAUAUCAAAGCUUGAUUUAGAAGUUACGGUAUCAUAUAGUCAGCCAAAAAAAAUACUCAUAGAUUCAAUGCACGAAGCGAUAGUACACAAUGUAAAAUCCAUAACGAAGAAGACAGUGACGUGCG